UUUUGGAGAUAUGCCAUCGCUGCCACCGCGCCUUCUAUCGGUGCUCUACGCGCCGGCGCUGCCCCAAGUGCUCCACGGUACGUCGGCAGUUAUUAGCCUCGGCACCGCCGCGUUCACGGCCAACUACCUCAAGACCACGAGCUGCAACCCGUUCGUGUCGGCCAUCAGCAAGACGGGGCCAUUCCAGUUUCUCUUCGCCUCCGCCUUGGUCACAGCGUGUGCGAGCGUUGUAUGGAUGCACAUGGCCCGCCGGCACCGGCAGUGGUACAUGGCGAAGCGGCUGCACGUCAUGUCGGCCGAUGUCGUCGCGUUCGUCUUCAACAUUUGCGCGGGGACUGCCGUCAACUUUUCAGCUGCCGGCCAAUAUGUAUGUUCAAGCCGGUACGCGACCGAGCUGGACGUUAUUUGCGACGUCAACUGCGGUGCGCUCAACGGCAGCCUUAUGGCCGAUGGGAUUCUAGUACUGCUGCUGUUGUUUUCCGUGCUCUCGACGGGCUACCAGCUCCAUUUGGCCGACCGCCGCACCAUGUAUUUGGUGCAAACGCCCGCGACCAAGAGUAUCACGUUCAUGGAGACGCCGCGGUCGGACUGCAUCCACUUCGAGCUCGACACGCCGACUAUGGCCGUGUGAACGCAAGUCGUC